GGUCCCAACUCUUACAUUUAUAGAGCUCUGGAUAGAAUUAGCGUUGUGUUGAUCUUCUCGUCGUCAAUUUGAAAGUGCAAGUUUUGUGAUUUAGUUACAAAACAUGAAUUUUGACAACAUUUACUAGGUUUAACUCAUCUCUAAAUCUACUGACUUUAUGCCCUUCAAAGAACUCAAGUUGAAACUGGGGAUAAACAGUGACGAAAAAGACUUUAGAGACGGUGAAAAUCCUGAUUUUGAAGAUCUUGCAUGCAAUGGAAGUGUCCUCUGCAAGACUUUAUGAAAGAACAAGUGAAGCCAGGAAAGAGCGUCGCAACCCUAAUAUUGACGAUUGGCAGUUACAAAGGUGGGCAUAUCUUGGUCAUUCAGUUCAGCAUGGAAGUCUGUUGUCAGAAUUGUGUUAUCCAGGAGCAGACAUUAAAUAUGUGGGCAAUGUACGUGUAAUUUUCUCGGAGAAAUUUUCCCUCGGCGAAGGAAGUAAUGAAACCCGUGUUUUUCUUGGACUGACAAAGGAUGGUUAUGGUAAAGCAGUGAAACGAAUACGUAGAGAUAACUUUCUCCAGCCUGCACUGUAUGAAAAGAAAAUUUUAAAUGAGUUCAAUGCAAAAAAUUCGCAAUAUAUUGUGAAAUAUUACUUUAUUGAGGAGGAUACUGGAUCAGAAUAUGUUUAUUUGAUCUUAGACUUAUGUGAGGAAUCACUGGAGAAGUUUGUGAAAGAUUCUAAUAUACAUUAUCUUCAAAAAGCUCUUCCCGAUAUUCUUAGACAAAUUUUGAAUGGAUUAGCUGAUCUUCAUAGUGGCCCAUGUCCUAUUCUUCAUCGGGAUUUGAAGCCUUCCAAUGUUCUCCGUGACGUAGACGGCAAAUUUCUAAUAGUUGAUUUUGGCAUUAGUCGAAUAUUGAAGAAUGGAUCUGAAACACACAAAAGCAUUUGUAACCGGGGAACUCAAUAUUGGAUUGCUCCUGAAGCAUAUUGUGAAACCGAAGAUUCAAAUGAAGCACGUUACAAAAAAAAGUCUGAUGUAUAUAAUGCAGGAAUGGUGGCAUAUUAUGUUGCAACAAAAGGGAAACAUCCUUUUGGAACUAAACGACAUAGAUUGGACAAUAUGUUGAAUGGGGAACCUGUUGGCUUGGACGAAAUCAAGGAUGAAACAUUAAAAGACCUUCUGUCGUGGAUGUUAAGACUACAACCAGAAGAAAGACCAUCUGCCAACGAAGCCUUGAAACAUCCAUUUCUUAUGUCGGAUGACGAGAAAUUUUACUUUUUAUGUAAAGUUGGUGUCUUACAGUCGAUUAAAACAAAUGAUCCUCAAUCUAGUAUCGUCCAACAAUUGAAUAUUGAAUCUUCAAAUUGGAAAAGUCAAAUGGAUAACGAUGUUUAUGAAUAUUUGGUAAAUGGAAGAGAGUAUGGAUCUUCAUGGACAGAAUGCUUAAGGCUCAUUCAAAAUAUUGGCAUGCAUUGGAACGAUCGACCACGACCUCUACCACAACCAGAACCAUUUUAUAAGAUUGGUGAUCACAAGACAUAUUUUCUCAAAACAUUCCCUAAUCUUUCUGUUCGGGUGCACGCAGCGUUCAGGUCGAAUAAAAAGUUGAAAAACGAUCUAGUACUAAAGGAUAAGGAUGAUGAUGUCAAAGAAAACAUUAAUACGUAUGGGAAUGAAAUGUCCGCUAUUUCAGAUAAAGAAACUUCUGUUAUUGAUAAUUCACAUAUCGUCAAAGAUACGGUUGAGGCAGGGCAAGAACUGCAAUUACAAGAGUGGAACUUUUUUGGUGAAUCAACAAAGCAUAGAAAAAUGUUUUUAAAAUUGUGUGAAUAUGGAGCCAGUGCCUUUAGAAAGGUUAAACAUGUGGGCGAUGUACGUGUAAUUUUCUCAGACGAGUUUUGCAUCGGCAGAGGAAACGAUGGAACACGUGUAUUUCUUGGACUGAGAAACGAUGGUUACGGCAAAGCUGUGAAACGCAUACGUCGAGAUAACUUCAUCGAUCUAACACGCCGAGAAAAGGAAAUUUUGAAUGAACUCAACGCAAAGGAAUCAAAAUAUAUUGUGAACUAUUCAUACUUAGAGGAAGACAAUGACACGGAAUAUGUCUAUUUAAUAUUAGACUUAUGCGAGGAAUCGUUGGAGAGUUUUGUAAAGUCUUCUACUUUGUCUGAUCUUCAAAAAGUUCUUCCCGAAAUUCUCAGACCAAUUUUGCAAGGAUUAGCUUAUCUUCAUAGUGGCCCGCAACCUAUUCUUCAUUGCAAUCUAAAGCCUUCCAAUGUUCUCCGAGACUCACAAGGCAAAUUUCUCAUAGCUGAUUUUGGCAUAAAAGCCAAGGCUAAUGUGGGAACUGAGUUUUGGUAUUCUCCUGAAUCCUAUUGUAAAGAAGAAGAUUCGUUUGAUAAAGCUCGUUACAAAACAAAGUCGGAUGUAAUGAAUGCAGGAAUGGUGGCAUCUUAUGUUGCAACAAAAGGGAAACAUCCUUUUGGAACUAAACGACAUAGAUUGGACAAUAUGUUGAAUGGGGAACCUGUUGGCUUGGACGAAGUCAAGGAUGAAACAUUAAAAGACCUUCUGUCGUGGAUGUUAAAACUACAACCAGAAGAAAGACCAUCUGCCAACGAAGCCUUGAACCAUCCAUUUCUUAUGUCGGAUGACGAGAAAUUUUACUUUUUAUGUAAAGUUGGUGACUUACAGUCGAUUAAUACAAAUGAUUCUCAAUCUAGUAUCGUCCAACAAUUGAAUAUUGAAUCUUCAAAUUGGAAAAGUCAAAUGGAUAACGAUGUUUAUGAAUAUUUGGUAAAUGGAAGAGAGUAUGGAUCUUCAUGGACAGAAUGCUUAAGGCUCAUUCGAAAUAUUAGCAUGCAUUGGAACGAUCGACCACGACCUCUACUACAAACAGAACCAUUUUAUAAGAUUGGCGAUUACAAGGCGUAUUUUCUUAAAACGUUCCCCAGUCUCCCUGUUCGGGUACAUGCUGCUGUCAGGUCAAAUGAAGAAUUUAAAGAAAAUCCACAACUUAAAGAAGAGUGGAAAUACAUUGAUGAAUCAACAAAACAUAGAGAAUUGCUUUUAAAAUUGAUUGAAUAUGGACGCAAUCCCAGUGUUGAGGUUAAAGAGGUUGGAAAUGUGCGUGUAAUAUUCUCAGAUGAAUUUUGCAUUGGCGAAAGAAGUGGUGCAACCCGUGUUUAUCUUGGACUGGAUAAGGAUGGUUACGGUAAAGCAGUGAAACGAAUACAUCGAGAUAGCUGCAUCAAGCUUGCACAUUACGAAAAAAAAAUUUUGAAUGAAUUGAAUGCAAAUGAGUCGAAAUAUGUUGUGAAUUAUUUCUUCUUAGAAGAUACUGGAACAGAAUAUGUUUAUUGGAUAUUAGACUUAUGUGAAGAAUCAUUGGAGAGUUUUGUCAAGUCUUCUUGUUUAAGUGAUCUUCUAAAAGCUCUUCCCGAUAUACUUAGACAAAUUUUAAAAGGAUUAGCUGAUCUUUAUAGCGGCCCAAAUCCUAUUCUACAUCGAAAUUUGAAGCCUUCCAAUGUUCUGCGAGAUGCAAAAAGCAAAUUUCUGAUAGCUGACUUUGACAUAAGUCAAAUAAAAAAGAAUGACUCUACAACAUAUAGAAGCAAUACUUUCAGAGGAACUGAGGAUUGGAUAGCUCCAGAAUCAUAUUGCGAAGUAGAUGAUUCAGUAAACAAAGCGCGUUACGAAAGAAGGUCUGAUGUAUAUAAUGCAGGGAUGGUAGCUUAUUACAUUGUAACAAAAGGAAAACAUCCUUUUGGAAGUAAACGGUAUAGAUUGGACAACAUGUUGAAUGGAAACCCUGUUGGUUGGGAUGAAAUCAAGGAUGAAACACUAAAGGACCUUCUUUCGUGGAUGUUAAAUCUAAAACCUGAAGACAGACCAUCGGCGAGCGAGGCGUUAAAACACCCCUUUCUUAUGUCGGAUAACGAGAAAUUUGACUUACUAUGUAAUGUUGGAAAUCUUCAGGAGAUUAAGACAAGUGACUCCCAGUCAAUUGUCGUUCAACGAUUAAAUAGCGAAACUUUAGACUGGAGAAGCCAAAUGGAUAGUGAUGUAUAUGAUUAUUUGGUAAAUGGAAGGACCUAUGAAUCUUCAUGGACAGAAUGCUUAAGACUUAUUCGAAAUAUUGAACAGCAUUGGAAUGAUCGACCAAGACCACCACCAGAACUAUUGUGUAAGAUUGGCGAUUACAGGGCUUAUUUUCUUCGAACAUUUCCUAACCUCCCUGUUCAGGUACAUGCUGCUGUCAGGUCAAAUGAAGAAUUGAAAGACAAUCCAAAACUUAAGGAUUGUCAGUUAGAAAGGUGGGAAUAUCUUGGUCAUUCAGUUCAGCAUAGAAGUCUACUGUCAGAAUUGUGUUAUCCCGGACGAGACAUUAAACAUGUUGGCAAUGUACGUGUAAGUUUCUCGGAUAAGUUUCGCCUCGGCGAAGGAAGUAAUGAAACCCGUGUUUAUCUUGGACUGACAAAGGAUGGUUACGGUAAAGCAGUGAAACGAAUACGUAGAGAUAACUACCACCAGCCUGCACAUCAUGAAAGGAAAAUUUUAAAUGAAUUCAAUGCAAAAAAUUCAAAAUAUGUUGUGAAUUAUUACUUCUUUGAGGAAGAUACUGGAUCAGAAUAUGUUUAUUUGAUCUUAGACUUAUGUGAGGAAUCACUGGAGAAGUUUGUGAAAAAUUCUACUGUACAUGAUCUUCAAACAGCUCUUCCCGAUAUUCUUAGACAAAUUUUAAAUGGAUUAGCUGAUCUUCAUAGUGGCCCAGAUCCUAUUCUUCAUCGGGAUUUGAAGCCUUCCAAUGUUCUCCGUGGCGUAGACGGCAAAUUUCUUAUUGCUGACUUUGGCAUUAGCCGAAUAUUGAAGAAUGGAUCUGAAACACACAAAAGCAUUUGUAACCGGGGAGCUGAAUAUUGGAUUCCUCCUGAAGCAUAUUGUGAAGCCGAAGAUUCAAAUGAAGCACGUAAUGAAGAUUCAAAUGAAGCACGUUACAAAAAAGAGUCUGAUGUAUAUAAUGCAGGAAUUGUGGCAUAUUAUAUUUCAACAAAAAGGAAUCAUCCUUUUGGAACUAAACUAUAUAGACAGAUCAACAUGAUAAAUGGAAACCCUGUUGGCUUGAAAGAAAUCAUGGAUGAAACACUAAAGGACCUUCUGUCGUGGAUGUUAAAUCUAAAACCUGAAGACAGACCAUCGGCUAGGAGGCGUUAAAACACCCAUUUCUUAUGUCGGAUGACGAGAAAUUUGACUUACUAUGUAAAGUUGGAAAUCUUCAGCAGGUUAAAACCAAUGAUCCUCAAUCUAGUAUUUUCCAACAAUUGAAUAUUGAAUCUUCAUAUUGGAAAAGUCAAAUGGAUAGCGA